CUCUGUUUUAGAGAGAGAGGAGAGUGCAUAUGAUAGACCGAGAAGGUGAGAAGCUCUCAUCUUAAUCUCCAUGAACUAAGAAAACCCUUGCGCUCAGAGCAGUGAGCUUGGAAAACACACGAGGAUACUUAAAUUUGGCUUUUCUUUGUAAUUUUCUGUUUUUGUUUCUUCCUGGUUAUUAUUUUUUUCUGAGGACUAACAGCAAUGGCGGAUCCAUACGGAGUAAACCCCCGUCAUCCACACUCGCUCGAAUCCGAGGACAUGUCUUCCUUUGUUCAAAAUCUUCUCCACGGCUCUUCCGCUUCCGCUGCUGCUGCUGCCGGCGGCGGCGGCGGUCUCUUUGCUCGAUCAACGACGGUGGCUUCCAACAACUUAGAGUCUCGGAUGAGAGAUGGAUCUUCUGCUGCUGUGGUAGAGUCGUCUUCUAGCCUUAAUUUAUCCGAUCCUUGCGGAUUUUACGGAGCACAAGUGAAGGAGGAUGCUGUGAAUGCAUUUUCUUCAGCUGGAAUUGGGGAUUGUGAAGCCAUCACUUCUUCAAAGGGGAUUGAGUUUGCACAUGAUAACAAGGUCGACGAUUUCGCUUUUACUCUUGAGGAUUGUGAAACUUCAGAUGCGCCAAGUAACCAGGCUCAACCGCGAGGAUCAAAGAGGAGUAGAUCAGCAGAGGUUCAUAAUUUAUCUGAAAAGAGGAGGCGGAGUCGAAUCAAUGAGAAAUUAAAAGCACUGCAGAACUUGAUUCCAAAUUCUAAUAAAACUGAUAAGGCAUCAAUGCUUGAUGAAGCAAUUGAAUAUUUGAAGCAGCUUCAAUUGCAAGUUCAGAUGUUGACAAUGAGGAAUGGGUUGAGUUUGUAUCCGGGCUAUUUCCAGGGAUCUCUCCAAUCAAUUCAAUUGCCUCCAUCAGGGAGUGCAUUUGAUGAGAAUGUAAUUCCAAACACAAGAGGAGCAACUAAUUUUUCUGGAGACCAAGAAAUUUCAUUGCAGAACAGGUUUGAAAUCUCCCAUCAGAAUCCUUCAGCCCAACAAAAUGUAUCCUCUAUGAAGAACACCACUAAUUCAGAGAGUCCCCUAGUCUUCGAGACACCAAUGCAGAAUCAUUAUGGGAUGCUUAACCAUUUGGCUUCUACAAAGGUAAAACUUGUCUCAAAUGCUGCAAUUGUGCUGGUUCUCUUCCUCGCCUCCCUCUGGUUCACCUCCCGCCGCAACAGCAGUAAGAAGUCAACUACCACUCUUCUCGCUCACAAGAACUCCAAAAUCCCCAACGCCUCCAAGGAGAUUCAGGAAAUCCGGAUUGACCCCUCCAGAACCCAUCCAGAAAAGCCCAAGCUUUUGCCAGCUCCGGUACCCGACCCGGUCCCCGAGCCCGAACUUUUGGACGACGAGAGCCACAGCUCCGGUGGGCAGCAGAGAAUUAACAUCGAAAUAGGGAAGGGCCACAGAAUUUCGUACCCGGAGCGUGUCGCUCCUGGCAGCGGGUCCAGGCACGGGAGUGGAGAGUCGCGGUCGGGUGAUCAGGCGCCUGCCAUUACUGUCCCCGAGGUUUCGCACUUGGGGUGGGGCCAUUGGUAUACUCUGAGGGAGCUCGAAAUAGCCACGAAUGGGUUUACCGUUGAGAAUGUGAUUGGUGAGGGUGGUUAUGGCAUUGUUUACAGUGGUGUUCUCGAGGACAACACUAAAGUUGCUGUAAAGAAUCUGCUCAAUAACAGGGGACAAGCUGAGAGGGAGUUUAAGGUUGAAGUUGAAGCAAUUGGGCGUGUCCGGCACAAGAAUCUGGUGAGGUUGCUUGGUUACUGCGCCGAGGGAGCACAUAGGAUGCUUGUGUAUGAGUAUGUCAACAAUGGAAACUUGGAACAGUGGCUCCAUGGAGAUGUAGGACCCUGCAGCCCUCUUACCUGGGAAAUUCGGAUGAAUAUCAUUCUUGGAUGUGCAAAAGGGUUAACCUAUCUUCAUGAAGGUCUUGAACCCAAAGUUGUUCAUCGUGACAUCAAAUCAAGCAACAUUUUGCUGGAUAAACAGUGGAAUUCCAAAGUAUCUGACUUUGGCUUGGCUAAGCUCUUGGGUUCUGAAAAGAGUUACAUUACCACUCGGGUUAUGGGAACAUUUGGCUAUGUUGCUCCAGAAUAUGCCAGCACUGGCAUGUUAAAUGAAAGAAGUGAUGUCUAUAGUUUUGGAAUUCUUCUGAUGGAGAUAAUUACUGGAAGAAAUCCAGUGGAUUAUAGCCGCCCACCUGGAGAGGUGAACCUAGUUGAUUGGCUAAAAACCAUGGUUUCAAACCGCAAUUCUGAGGGAGUUUUAGAUCCCAAGUUACCUGAAAAACCUUCUUCAAGAGCAUUGAAACGUGCCCUCUUGGUGGCUUUACGCUGUGUAGACCCAAAUGCACAAAAGAGGCCAAAGAUGGGCCAUGUAAUACACAUGCUUGAAGCUGAUGAUUUCCCCUUUCGAGAUGACCAAAGAGCUGGAAGGGACAAUGCACGUUCACAUCAUGACGGAGUGAAGGAGAGGGUGAUGCAGAAGCGGAUGAUUGAAUCAGGUGAUAGUAGUGGUUACGAAAGUAGUGUCCAAACCAACAACACAUCCUUAUUGAGAAGACAAGAAACCGAUGAUGAGCAGUAGCCUCAGCAUUCCUCUUAUAAAGGUUGAACUGAAAUCGAUGUUCUUUGUUUCUGAUACCUGGCCUCUGUAAAUACCACUCGUCUUCGCCUUUGCACUCUAGUUUAUACCUUUUGCUUGUGUAGGUUCCUGUAGCAACAUUUGACGCUAGGAGUUUACUUGUGAUCAAUUUUGCUGCUUCCCAUACCCCCAAAACUGCAUGUAGUUAUUAUUCUCUGAACAGCGCUCUAGGACAGAGCUAUUAUUUAUACUGAUAUGGCUACCUAGCUGCCAAUAAGGGUGCACUGUGCUUUAAUACAGCCAGAUAGAGUUGAAUACCAUCUUAAACCCCACAAUGAACAAAUUUUCAUGAAACAA